AUGAGGUGUGAUGGAAGAAUGAGGAUUAUGGUGGCUGCCACGUAUAUAGACGGGUAUGCUUACAGAUGCUCUUCUAAGGCAUGCAGAUCAAAGGCAAGCCUAAAGAAGGGGUCUAAAAUGGCCAGCCUGAAUAUAGAAUUGUAA